GUAGCAUGUGUGGGGGAAAGGACGUCUCCUCAUCCCAGCUCAACCACAUGCUGGGUCGGUCGACGUAGUGGUAGAAUAGACCUGUUAUAUGCAUGCCGCAGAGUACAAACGCACCAAUGCGAUGCUCUGGGACUAUCGCGUUAGAGGGGAGGCUCGUGCGCGUUCUUUUGUCGUGCCGUUUACUUUACGCGCUACCUACACGCAAGAACGCGCCUGGAAAGACAACCUCAUCUCCCCUCCAACGCCAAACCUCCACCUUUCUCCCACUUUCCAAUUUCCAUCUUCCCCUCAACUGUCGCAUUCGGUCACCAUUUCCUUGUCUCUCUUCAACCUCAGUCGUCACUUUCCGCAUUGCACGCACAGCCGCCUCCGUCUCUCAUCGCAACAACAGUUACAACCGGCUCGCUUCCUUCUCUGAUUAGUCCCACCCCGACCCGAGAAAAUUCUCGAGAUGCCUCGACCGGCAAAGCGCAACCACGCCGCCACGGCUGCGACAAGCCAGCGCAUCAACAGCUUCGCACGUGUAUCCAAGGGCCAGGCCUUCCCUGAUGCUGCCAUCAAGAAGAUUGCCGUUGAGCCUGCCCCGACAACCACGGUUACGACGAGGAAGAGAAAGGCCGCCACUGUCAAGGAGGACGCCCAUCCCCGAGUCGCACCCCGAACCACCUCCUUCGCUCCCAGCAGCGACGAUGAGGGUGCUCCCACCAAACGUGCCUGUCGCCGUCAGGAACCCCAGUCUACGACUCCGUCAUCAGUUCGAGCCAUCAUCAAAGGCAAGCGCACAGCCAAGACCACGCCGUCAAGAGCCACUACUGCCCACAAGCCCAGUGAAUCAACCAUCAUUUCCAAGACGAGACGGCAAGGCAAGACGGUUCAAACUAAACUCGAUGGCGUCUUCAAGAAACUAAACAAAGCGGAUGGAGAUGAAAAUGCUCUUCCUCCUCAUCUGGCCGAGCUGGUCGAUUUGCACCGGGCGUUUGUCAAGACUAUCAUGAUUCAAUUUGCUCACAACGGCACCGCGGUACCAAUUGACAUCCGCACUCUGAGUCCCCAUAUUUCUCGCUCCUGGGGAAAGCGACAGGUCACAGUCGAGGACAUUCGAAGAUGUAUCGCCAUCCAAUCAUCCACCAAGCACAACACAGUCUCCCCCUUUAUAGUUUCCGACUAUGGUCGAGGAAGAGUCUGCGUCGAACUAGCCCCUCGCGAAGAUGCCACACCCAUCAACGAAGAGCGUCUUUACAGGCAGUUUGGGGAAAACUUGCAGGCUCUCUGCACAGAGAAGGCUACCGAUGAGAUGACCGAUGUUGAUAUUCCCCUCGGGAGCCUUUCGCUCAGUGAUCUCCCCCAGGUUGCCAUCAAAAACAUGACGACGUAUACCAAGGCGAACCCUCUGCUAGCCAAAGGACAGCAGGCACUGUCAGAGCUCAAGAACGGCAUUGCCGCAAAACAGCAGGAGAAGGAGGCCAAGCAGGCGGCGAUCGCCAACAAUCCUCUUCUAAACCCCGACGGCACUAAAAUGAGCCUUCUCGACCGGCUCCGCAUGAAGCAACUCGCCAAGGCCAACGGGCCCCUCCCCCCCUCUGGCCCCGAGCUCCAGCGCCGUGCAGCACUCAACCGAGUCUCAGAUGUGGCUGCCACGAUCUCGAUGCUUAGUCUCUCGAACCCGAUGUCUCUGCCCCGUCAGGCAUUCACAAUGGCCGGUAUCUUGGAGAAGCUCAAGGACUCACUCCGAACGCCGAUGUCCACCCAGGAGGGAACUGCCUGUAUUCGGCUCAUUGCAACCGAGGUAGCUCCUGAGUGGCUACGAAUUGUCGCCAUUGGCGGCAGGGAAAAUGUCGUAGUCCAACGGAACUCGCAACCCGUGGACAGGAUCAUUCAGGAACGGGUGCACAAGUUGUUGGCUUGAACCAAAUGCAUUGUGGAGUUCGAGCGCAUGUUGGUUGGAUCUAUGGAUACCCGUGAUGGAAAGACUGUAUUUUGUAUUCUGGAGAAGUGGGCGUUGUGGCAUGGUAUUAUUGCAUAGCAUUGUGUUGUGUUGCAUUUACAGAGCAUAGGCAAGGCGUCUGGCGUUUAAACAUGCCAUAUUUAUUAGAACCUGACCAAAGAGUUACAGUUGUGGAUAGAAACAUAAUGGA